AUGGAGACAUCGAGUCUCAUCCUGCGUGGUGGCCUGAGCAGAGCGUGGAUCACAGCUCCCGCCACAUGGUCCGCCCUCGAGGAUGGACUUCGCUGCAAGGGACUGACCUCCCAGCCCCGAGAGACAGCACGUGACCGAGAAACUUUGGCGGGCGGCGGCGGCGCGGGCGGCGGCGCGGCGGUCGAGCUCCCCCGCGCGGCGAGCUCUGCUGCGGGGAGGCGCUCGCCCCGCGCCGCGCAGGCUCGCCCGGGGCCGGGCUGCGGCGCCAGGGACGCGCGGAGCCUCUGCUCCGCCGCCGCCGCCGCCGCCUGCUGCCGGGAGGUCAUCGGGAUCGUAGCGUGCCAGCUGCUGCCCGCUUUUCCCACUCUGGAUCUGGAUGGGAAGUUGGGGAAGAUGGAUAGGGUCGUGUUGGGGUGGACCGCGGUCUUCUGGUUAACAGCCAUAGUUGAAGGCCUUCAGGUCUCAGUGCCUGACAAGAAGAAGGUGGCCAUGCUCUUCCAGCCCACUGUGCUCCGCUGCCACUUUUCCACGUCCUCCCACCAGCCUGCAGUGGUUCAAUGGAAGUUCAAAUCCUACUGCCAGGAUCGCAUGGGAGAAUCCUUGGGCAUGUCUUCUCCCCGAGCCCAAGCGCUCAGCAAGAGGAACCUGGAAUGGGACCCCUACGUGGAUUGUUUAGACAGCAGAAGGACCGUCCGAGUGGUAGCAUCGAAACAGGGUUCGACCGUUACCCUGGGAGACUUCUACAGGGGCAGAGAGAUCACCAUAGUUCAUGAUGCAGAUCUUCAGAUUGGAAAGCUCAUGUGGGGAGACAGCGGACUCUACUACUGUAUCAUCACCACCCCAGACGACCUGGAAGGCAAAAAUGAGGACUCGGUGGAACUGCUGGUGUUGGGCAGGACAGGGCUGCUUGCUGAUCUCUUGCCCAGUUUUGCUGUGGAGAUUAUGCCAGAGUGGGUGUUUGUCGGCCUGGUGAUCCUGGGAAUCUUCCUCUUCUUCGUGCUGGUGGGGAUCUGCUGGUGCCAAUGCUGCCCUCACAGUUGCUGCUGCUAUGUCCGCUGCCCAUGCUGCCCGGAUUCCUGCUGCUGCCCUCAGGCCUUGUAUGAAGCAGGGAAAGCAGCCAAGGCCGGGUUCCCUCCCUCUGUCUCCGGUGUCCCUGGCCCCUACUCCAUCCCCUCUGUCCCCUUGGGAGGAGCCCCCUCUUCUGGCAUGCUGAUGGACAAGCCGCAUCCACCUCCCUUGGCAACAAGUGAUUCCACUGGAGGAAGCCACAGUGUUCGCAAAGGUUACCGGAUCCAGGCUGACAAAGAGAGAGACUCCAUGAAGGUCCUGUACUACGUCGAGAAGGAGCUGGCUCAGUUCGAUCCAGCCAGGAGGAUGAGAGGCAGAUAUAACAACACCAUCUCGGAACUCAGCUCCCUGCACGAUGAUGACAACGGCAAUUUCCGCCAGCCUUACCACCAGAUGCGGAAUAAGCAGUUCCCUCUGUCUGGGGACCUGGAGAGCAAUCCUGACUACUGGUCAGGUGUCAUGGGAGGCAACAGUGGGACCAACAGGGGGCCAGCCCUGGAGUAUAACAAAGAGGACCGUGAGAGCUUCAGGCACAGCCAGCCGCGCUCUAAAUCAGAGAUGCUGUCGCGGAAGAACUUUGCCACAGGCGUGCCCGCUGUGUCGAUGGACGAGCUAGCAGCCUUCGCAGACUCGUACGGCCAGCGAUCGCGGCGCGCCAACGGCAACAGCCACGAGGCGCGGGCGGGGAGCCGCUUCGAGCGCUCGGAGUCGCGGGCCCACGGUGCCUUCUACCAGGAUGGCUCGCUGGAUGAGUACUACGGGCGCGGGCGCAGUCGCGAGCCGCCAGGAGACGGGGAGCGCGGCUGGACCUAUAGCCCCGCACCCGCACGCCGCCGGCCACCGGAGGAUACGCCUCUGCCGCGCCUGGUGAGCCGGACCCCGGGCACCGCGCCCAAGUACGAUCACUCGUACCUGAGCAGCGUGCUGGAGCGCCAGGCGCGGCCGGAGAGCAGCAGCCGCGGGGGCAGCCUAGAGACGCCGUCCAAGCGGGGCGCACAGCUCGGCCCGCGCAGCGCAUCCUACUACGCCUGGUCCCCGCCAACCACCUACAAGGCUGGGGCCAGCGAGGGUGAAGAGGAGGAGGACGCAGCGGACGAGGACGCGCUGCCACCCUACAGCGAGCUGGAGCUGAGCCGCGGGGAGCUGAGCCGGGGCCCAUCCUACCGUGGGCGUGACUUGUCCUUCCACAGCAACUCGGAGAAGAGGAGGAAAAAGGAACCCGCCAAGAAAACCGGCGACUUUCCAACCAGGAUGUCCCUUGUAGUCUGAUUCUUUGAAAACACCUCUCUGGAUGACUGGAAAUCAGAUGCAGACUAUGGAAACAAGACCCAACCUGAGAGUGGGCAAGCCUAGGACCUUCUCUGCCCAGCAGCCACGUUGGAAGCUUCUCUGAUCUCUGCUUUGGCAAGGGAUCCUCCUUUAAGAAGGCUGCUUUCAAAUCUUAGUGCCCAUCCAUCUUGAGCAACUUACCAAGAAAACGCUGUGUGAGAACAUACCAUGUAAUAACCCACCAAGUUUAUCUUGCUCCCCCCUACCCCCAUUUCCUUAACAGAAACAAGACUGUCCCGUUCUGAAGCAGGUAGCUUUGGACCCCUCAUCUCUAGAAAUUACCUAUGCCUGCAGUAUGUUAUUUUUUUACAAGUGCUGUUCUGUGCUUAGAGACAGAGGGAUUUAUUACUACUGUUAGAAGACCUUCUGCUCACAAGAGAGAUAAAUGGUAAAAUGUACCUUGUUUCCCCAUUGCUUCCAGUCACUGGUCCAUGAGUCUUGUUAUGCUAAAAUCAGAAGGCCUUUAGUGAGCUUUGUGGCAGUGACCUCCUGGGCAAUCCCAGAAAUGCCUUCAAUUUGCUGCUCUGACUCACGAUUCUAAGUGGCUGGGACAAAGAGAGGAGAGCAUUUGGAAAAGCUGUCUUAAGUGGUCUUUCUUUUUUCCAUACGCAGGACUCACACUGUUUUUCACUUUUCUGUGGCACACAGUGAUGCCCGAGCCUUGAGCUCCUAAGGCUCCUCCCUCCCCAGUCCCUCUCUAUGUUUCCCUCUCACCUGGUCUUUUCAGGGCUGGUGCCUCUGAGGGUGUUUCGCUCCACUCUUCACAGUGAAUAGCUUGUCAUCAGGUGCCUUUGACAAAUGCUUAAAACACACAUUUGAGAGAGGAGAAAAGCAGAAGUCGGUGAUACAAGAUGAAGAACGGGAAAUGAUAUGUAGUCUCAUUAUGUUUUGAAUGUGGGUUGUUUCCCCACAAACACACUCAGAUUUUCUUUUUUCGGAGUUGUACUUCAUUUAAGAGUUAUUUCUACCAUCCUGAUUCUGCGGCAGCUGGGCACCAGGGAUAUGGUGUCGACAUUGUUUGGCCUCACUGCCUAACCAGUAGAGAUGCUUUGGGGGGAAGAAAGACACCCACAUCGUCAGCAAGAAGCACUUCCUCUUUCUACCAUUGCAAAAAACAAACAAACAAACAAACAAAAAUAAACAAAAACAGAAAACAAAAAAAAAAU